CCUAAAGAAGAAGACAAAAACACUUAUAUGAGUUGUAAUUAAAUUGGUCAUAAAAAAAAAAGAGUUGUAAUUAAAGUUAACCUUUAUCCGUUUAGGGAACCGAGAAACUCUUGACGAAUUGAGUUAUGAGAGAGAGAGAAGAAGAUGGAGGAGGAUCAGGAAUCGAAGCGAAACACAUCAAGAAGAAGAAGAUCUGUCAUCAUCAGCCUCAAAGACAUUCCUCCUCUCGAUCCUUCUUCUAUCCCAAUAAACUCCUCUCUGAAGCCAAGGACAAUGAUGGUGCCAAGUACAUAUAAUAAAGUGAAUGAGGUUGAAGAAGGCAAUGCCAUAUCUUCCUUCUCCAACAUUCAGAUCGAUCCUAAUAGCACAAGAAGCGUAAACACCACCACACAAGAGACUCAGCUUCUUACUAAACCCCAAGAAGAAGACGCCAAAUCAGUAUCUAAAGAUGAAUCCAAGAAAGGUUCAGCGAAAAUGGUGUUACAGGAACUAUGUAUAUCCAAGAGAUGGAAGCCUCCGGUUUAUGAUUGCUGCAAUGUUGAUGGACCUUGUCACAUGAGAUUAUUUACAUACAAAGUUGUGGUUGAGAUUAGAGACUCUUCAGGAACAACUGUUUUGGAAUGUUUUGGUGAUCCCAAACGUAAGAAGAAAGCUGCCGCUGAGCACGCAGCUGAAGGAGCGCUCUGGUUUCUUGACCAUGCAAAGCGAAACCACAGACAAAACCUACAUCAAUAAAUUAUCAUCUACUCAGAUGAAGAAGUCACCAGAGAGUUUAGAAGAGUCUUUAUACAUUUCUUUUUUCUUAAUCUAGGCAAGUCUUAAAAUAUAUCUGUCCUCAUAUCUAAAAUCAUUGUACUGUUUUAUAAAAAAGUUUGUAAAGGGAAAAAACCAAAAAUAUCUCAAAAGUUUUUCAUUAUGUUUUA